CUAGCAUCUAUCGUAGCGCCCAAGUCUGACGACUGCCAUGAGUUCGUCCAUGCUAGCUACACGCUAUCCCUUUACAUCACUGACUCGACUUAUAGUUAGCCUGUAAAUGGUAGAAGAUAAAUUUCUUCUUUAUUAACGAUAAGACGGUACAUUUCAUACAAAAGCCCGUGGGCAUCUUCUCGUAUCCUGACAUUGUGACCCACGUCGUCGUAACGCUUGAGGCUUCGCAGGAUUAAGCCUUGACUUUCCAUAGGACAAUUUCGCACAAUGUCGGACGCUGGGCUCGAGAGAAAUGCGUCGUUUCUGAACGAGAUAUGGACGCUCUACGGUAUCGGAAUGACAAUUCUCAUCAUGAGACUUGCUGUCCGCCUUUACUCGGGUGGAUUCAGAGGCCUUCGCGGGGACGACUUUUUCGCUUUUCUGGUCAUGAUCAUGUACACUUGUGAUGCGGCGACUGUACACCUCGUUUACAUGCUAGGAUCAAAUGUCGAGGCAGCUGCUUUUCAGACCACCCAAACUCUCAGCGACGCAGACAUUGCUCAAUUCACCCUCGGCUCCAAGUUGCAGCUCACGGCAUGGUACUCAUACACGGCGCUUUUGUGGUGUUUGAAAGGCACGAUGCUCUGUUUUUUUGAUCGGAUCACCACAGGCCUCUGGCAAGCUCGACUCGUCAAGUGGCUGAAGUAUAUUUGCGCUGUGACUUAUGUCGCAGUGUUUCUUACAGUCACCUUUGGGUGCUUUCCAACAUACAAGAACUGGCAAGUCACGCCGGACCCUGGACUUAAAUGCACUUUCAGAAUGCAGAACUUCCUUGUAACCGUCGUGCUCAAUGUUUUAACUGACGCUGCUAUCCUCUGCGUCCCCCUUCCUCUGUUGUGGCAACUUCAGGUCCCAUUGAAGAAGAAACUCGUCGUCGGUCUUCUUAUCUGCUCUGGUUUCUUCGUCAUAGCAGCAGCCAUCAUCCGAGUCGUUCUCACCCUCGGUGCAAACCCGAGUGGCACUAACAUCAACCGCUGGGGUGUGCGGGAGACCAUCGUGGGUAUCGUGGCAGUCAACAUUCCGAUCCUGCGACCCAUCUUCCGUAAAUCAUUCUGGACGACUGGACAAAUAAUUAAUUCAAGCCGCGGCAAGACAACAACCGGUGGACGAACCACAACGCUUCCUAAUUCUUAUGGACCAUACGAGAUGACCAGUAGCCUGAACGAAGGCAACCUCGGCGAUAAACACAGAGACAGUUUCGGAGGCAGCGAGGAGUUUAUCAUCGACAAGGAUGACCCGAAGAUGAUGCCCAAGGCCAAUGAUGUCGUUGUACAAACAACCUAUCACGUCAUGAGCGAAGAAAAUAUCCAACACUCCGGAGACAAUUGGAAUACGCAAGGAUCAAGUUCGAAAGCGACUGCGUAUAGAGGUUCUGAUGCUGUAUGAUGCAGCAGAAAUGCACUCACAAGUGCGGAAUACUGAACACGACUGGAUUGU